AUGAUGCACGAUCAGCCGAGAGAGGAUACGACACUGGAAAGGAAUUAUCUGUUGACUGCAUUAGUGAUCGUCGUCGCUUAUUGGUAUAUUAUGGGUUGUACCAUUUGCUUGAUACUAUCGACUAUUUGUCGACCAACAAGCAAAGAAAGUAGACGACGGCGAGCACUCACCACUAGUCCAUCCAUAUUAAUAUGUUUCCUCGCGGUCAUCAAGAUUGUCUUUGGAAUAACAAUUCUCAUAUUCACUUUCAUGUCGGGAUCGCUUAAGUGCAAAACAUUCGAAACUUUGGCAUUCGUCUCAAACCAAAGUCUCGCCUUAUUCCAUAUUGCUGAAUCAGACCCGUUGAUGACGCUGGCCGCUAUGGCACUGCAAUCGUUACCAUUCAUUCAUAUUCCCUUCAUGUUGUUGACCAUUUCCAAUGAGUUUGCGAAUGUGAAUGCAGCUACGGCCAGAUGCAUCAAGAUAUGGCUGUAUGUGAAUGAGCUGAUCAUCACGAUCGCAUAUGGGUGCACAGCGAUUGCAACCGAUCAACAACUUUCCGAUUUCAACAAAUCCAUUAGUGCACUUUGUGUGUUGGAUUCAAAAUAUUGGAGGGUUGGACUAGCGUGCACCUACUGCAUGAGUGCCAUUUGCCCAUUGUCGGUGUUUGUGUCGUUUGCAAGAGACUGCAGAAUAAGUAGGAAUCGAAAGCGUGUUGCUAAUCAAAAGCGCGAAGCCACAUUCUCUGAAUCAUGCGAAACAGCCGAGAGUACCUCAAGCUUUCCACUUAAAACCGCAAUCGAGCCUGACGAUGAUGAAUACACGGCCGAGGUCUACAUAACACCUGAGAAUUCGAAUGGCAAAUAUGAAUUUGCCACACUUUAUGAAAUGCAUCCAUAUCAAAACGCAGUUUUAGUGAUUGCUCAUGAAUUUCAGCCCCUCGUCCUAAAUAGGAAAUGCGGUGGAACGUUGCACCUUCGAAAUUUACGUUCAACUCAAUGGGUUGCGUUACGCAUUCUGAUGAGUUGUGUGGACAUAAACGUUUACCCUCAUGAAUUUCUUAUACCGCCUGGUCGCACUGCAUCGGUUCGUAUUUGGAAGCUAAUUCAGCUUUUUUCAAAAGCCGAUGUGAGCGUAUCACCAGAAGCAACAUUCGAAAAGAAAUGUAAUCUACUCUGCCAGUGGUUCUUGGCUGGCUCUGAAUGCCCUCCUUGCAACUCGAAAAUGAUUUGGAGAAGACCCUAUCGAGCACCACGAAAUCGUUGGUCGCAUCGAUUUAUCGACGUAUAUUUCGAGUCUGAUUGUACACGUUCGAGCGGAAGCAAGGAUGAAGAGGUCACCAACAGCAAUACCAACGAUGAUAAAUAA